UAUUCUUUUGGGUUGGUCAAGAACACAACGAAAUUUGGGAGCACGUUUAUUGGAGUCCUUUUCGGGAAGAUAACAUAUAAGCCACAUACACCAACUUAAUCCACGACUGCCAUCAUCAUGUGCAACGCUCUCUGUGAAUGCCUCAAAUGUCCUGGCAAAGUUAUUUGCUGUUGCUGUUCGUGCGCCUGCAAGAUGCUUCUGAGCAUCGUGUUUUCUGCGCUUCUGAUGGUCGUCGUUAUCGGCCUGAUUGUCUACUUCACUGUAUACUAUCACAAGGAUAAGACUACUGACGAAGUGCGGAAUCAGGUCGCUCAAAUGACGCCCAUUGUGAAGCGCAGUAUACGCGACUACUUCAAUAAGGAGUACUGAUCUGAGGACAUGAAUUUAUACUAUAAGCUACAUUAAUAAUAAUAACUCCGUGAAAUCGAAACGAACCCAAAACCAAAA